AUGAUGGAAUAUCUGGGGGAUGCAUCACCCGGCGAAGUUGCGACGGCUUAUCAGCAACUUUUUCCCAGGCCAGUUAACCCCGGUUUAUUUUAUCAAGAUGCAUGGAAUAAUUUUGUACAAUGGCUGGACUCCAUUCGCAACGAGGGGAUAUCAGCACAGCUGGUCCAAAUGGGAAGACAGAUAUAUACACAACUCAGGGUAAUACAAACGGCAAAGGAUUUCCCAGGAGUAAAAAUGUACGACAUCAGGGAGGUCAUGGCUCAGCCUCUGCAAAAAGACGAUCCAUACAUACAGGCUGCAUUUAAGUUGCGGAAGAAAACCUCGGCACCACCACCCGGCAAGGCAAAAUGUUUCAGAUGCCGCCGCACAGGGCAUAACAGUUCGACGCGCAGUGUGCGAUUGCAAAGAGAAGUUUUUAAGCCAAAAAAAAAAAAAAAAACAAUACACGGCCCUGGAAACAAUGAAUACUGGGGCUUUGGGGCAAGUAGGAUAUGUACGAAAGGAACGCCUUCACGCUUGGACACCUCCACCCAACAAUGUGGCACUCUUUCGAUCAAACGUCGAAACGGUGACGCAACAUAUUAUAACAGGAAACGUACAGAAACACAAGACACAACUGCAUCAACAGCAAGAAAUCUUUCAAUCGUCACUUCUCCCUCAGGGAACGACAUCAAAGAACGAGUUUACGUUAAUUCCAGCGCGCUCUCACGAUCCGCACGUCGUGGUGUUGGCAUCAGAGGCUAA